CUCGAUUUUACACAUGAAAAAUUCCGUGCUAUCGAAGCCAACGUAGCUGGCUACAAGGAGGAGAUCUUCGUGCUGCGCGAAAUGAACGCACGCUACUCGACCGCUGCUGCCGCAAGUGAGACUGAAAUGGCGCGUGCCCGCGACGAACAGGCCAUAUUGACUGAUAAAUUGGCCGCCCUUGAGGUUGAAGUUCGUCAUUUAACUCGGCACCUCGAAUCUGCCAGAGCCGGUGAGACACGUUGGCGCCAGGAGGUUGAAGCAUUGCGUGGGCAAACUAGUAAUCACCAGACUCAGUUGCUCAGCCAAUUGCAAGCUAUACAGGUCAGCGGCAGUUUUUUUUCAAUUUUAGAACCUGCUUCCUAUGCUCCUACGUUUAUGUUCGAAAAUUCACUUGUUAUCGGCCUUAGUGACUUCCGUGCAUUUUCGUACACAUUGUCCAUCGAGUUUUCCUUUUUAUUUCCUAACAAAAUAAGAUAA